AGCCUCGCCGGCGGGCUGGCCGCCGUGGGACCGGGGCGUCCGGGUGUGUCUCCCGGCCCGGGGAUCGCCCCGGCUUCCCCCGCGGGCUCCGCGAGUCUGCGGACCCACAACACACCCACGUGCGCUCGGCCCCCGGGAGCCUCGCUGCCCGCACCGCGCGGUGGGUAAGGUGCGGGACGCCCCGCGCACUCCGGGCUCCUGCGCGUUCCCGCCGCCGGAUUCCCGGACCGGGAACCCGCGGCCUGCGGCGGGGGUGGGGGCUCAGGCACCAUAACAAACGCACGUGCGCUCUGCGCGGGGAUCCCGGCGCCGCGCCCAGGAAGGGCCGCCCCGCGGAACCCGGCCAUUGUCUCCGGCCGCGGGGGAGGGAGAGGCGCUGGGGGCGCCGCCUGCGCGAGGAGGACUACAGCCGCGCUGAAAAGGUGAGGUAGAUCCAACUGUGCAGAGCUCUACAGCCAGCGGCCCAGAGAGCAGCAGGAACGUCCCAGAGCCCAGCUGAAAUGAAUUGGCCUCCUUGAGCGUGCCCAAGUCCAGGUGGCCGGCCCCUGUCCCAGCCCCGAGGUCUUCCCCAUCCAUGAAGGCUUUGAUCCCGGGCUGGAUGUGGGCUCCCACUCCUGGGCUAGGAUUCUCGAGAACCUUCUUUGCAAGAAGAAAACGUUCACUUAUUUGGCACAUGAAGCGGAGCCACAGGCCCUGACCCUGUCCCUGGGAGCAUCGAGAUGUUUUUUGAUCAUCCGGAGAAAAAUGAGCCUUGGCCUCCAGACCUAAUAAAGCAAACAUUCCUCCCAUGGAGAAUAGCGCUGGUUCCUGAGGACCCGGCCAGGGACCCGGCGGGCCUGCAGCCCCAGGGGGAUUAGCCAGAAGCAGGCCUGUUGCCUGCUCAGAACACAGUGGCUGCCUUGGACACAUAUUUCAUAAUGAUUCACACCAACUUGAAGAAAAAGUUCAGCUGCUGUGUGCUGGCCUUUCUCCUGUUUGCAAUCAUCUGUGUGUGGAAGGAGAAGAAAAAGGGGACUUACUAUGAUUCCCUUAAGUUGCAAAGCAAGGAACCCCAGAUGUCGAGGGGUCUGGAGAAACAGCCUGAGACUCCAAGCAGCACCCAGGACCCCCACAGGGGCAGCCAGGCCCUCAGCAGCCCCCGGGUCACAACCAAGGUCAAGCCAGAGGCCUCCUUCCAGGUGUGGAACAAGGACAGCUCUUCCAAAAACCUUAUCCCCAGGCUGCAGAAGAUCUGGAGGAAUUACCUGAAUAUGAACAAGUAUAAAGUGUCCUAUAAGGGGCCAGGACCGGGGGUCAAGUUCAGUGCCGAGGCCCUGCACUGCCACCUCCGGGAACAUGUGAACGUCUCUAUGGUCGAGGCCACAGAUUUUCCCUUCAACACGUCUGAGUGGAAAGGCUUCCUGCCCAAGGAGAACAUUAGGACCAAGGCUGGGCCAUGGGGCAGGUGUGCCGUGGUCUCAUCAGCAGGAUCUCUGAAGUCCUCCCAGCUUGGCCGAGAAAUAGAUGAUCAUGAUGCAGUCCUGAGGUUUAAUGGGGCGCCCACAGCCAAUUUCCAACAAGAUGUGGGCACGAAAACCACUAUUCGCCUGAUGAAUUCUCAGCUGGUCACCACUGAAGGGCGCUUCCUCAAAGACAGCUUGUACAACGAGGGAAUCCUAAUUGUGUGGGAUCCGUCUGUUUACCACUCAGAUAUCCCAAAGUGGUACCAGAGCCCCGACUACAGCUUCUUUGAGAACUAUAAGAGUUAUCGCAAGCUGCAUCCCGAUCAGCCCUUUUACAUCCUCAAGCCCCAGAUGCCUUGGGAGCUGUGGGACAUCAUUCAAGAAGUCUCCCCCGAGGAGAUUCAGCCCAACCCCCCGUCCUCCGGGAUGCUUGGCAUCAUCAUCAUGAUGACACUGUGUGAUCAGGUGGAUAUUUAUGAGUUCCUCCCAUCCAAGCGCAAGACCGACGUGUGCUACUACUACCAGAAGUUCUUCGACAGCGCCUGCACGAUGGGCGCCUACCACCCCCUUCUCUUUGAGAAGAAUAUGGUGAAGCACCUCAACCAGGGCACAGACGAGGACAUUUACCUGCUUGGGAAGGCUACAUUGCCUGGCUUCCGGAAAAUUCGCUGCUGAGCGUGGGCUCCCUGGUCAGGUCCCCUCACCCUUCUCCACCAAGCGUGGGCAGAUCACGUUCUCACCUUUGUUCUCGAAGGUCUGCCUGAACUGAGAGAAGCUCCGAUUAUUUUUUUGAGGGAUCCGCUCCCCCUGUCCGAGGCAGCGAGUGCAGCCCCCUGGCAUGGCAGGCACCCGGCAAGCCAGACGCCAAGAACCUGCCUUGUCCACGCUCAGCCUGGCCCGACCCUGCCCCGCAGUAGGAUUCUGCACCUGCGCCCACUGCUUCCAGGUUACCCCCCACCCCACCCCUCCUGACCGCCAUCUUGUCUUUUCCUUUAAAGCAGUGGGUGCUGUUCUCUCUCUCUCAAAUUACUUUUCUACCUUUUCUACUAUAUAACAGUAUCCUGAUUUCUUUGACCUUCACGGGCUGUUUUGGAGUGUCUCUCAGGGAGUGGGGCUGUGGUUCCCUAGAAUUUCAAGUUGCUCUCGGAAGUCAGGACCUUCAAGAUCAUAACUGAUUCUCAUAAGGUUUACCAGGCGGCCGUGCCCUCUAGCCCUCCAGCAAGGGGGCAGCGCCAGAGUCUCCAGACAGAGGCCCUCCCACUCCGCUCUGCCAACAUGCUUCCUGGGUUAGUCGGGCUACCCCUUCCCGGGUGGGGAAGCACGCUGGGCUGGCCCGGUCCUGCCGCGUGGAGAAGGUCGGACGCUCGCUCAGGGUCACAACGUACUGCUGUGGAGCCAGGGCUCCUAGACCCAGGCUUCUGGACUCCUGGCCUCAUGUGCUCAAGGCCUCUUAAGCUCGAGCUCUAGACCGGCUGCCUGGGAGCUGAAGUGCUCACUUGCUGCCAAACCCUUGGUUUAUAUAAGCAGUAGAUGGACCCCAGAGGGAGAAGCCCUGGGUUUCAAAUGGAUGCUCCCUUCCCUUCACCCCCCCUCCUCCCGCUUACUAGCUGUGCCUCCAUGGGAGAAUUCUGAGACUCUGUUUCCACAUCUGUAAAAUGGGGGAUGACGAGCCUACCUCACAGGGCUGCUAUAAGGGUUACAUGAAACACCUAUCCUGGUUCUGUACUUGGUACAUAGCAGGGGCUCGGUACAUGGUGGCUUCCUCCCUCCCUCCCUCCUCCCACUUCCCUCCUUCCUUCCUCCCUCCCUUCCUCCCUUCCUUUCACUAAGAACCUGCUGUGUGCUUACACCUGGGCAAGACCUUGCUUUGAGGGAGGCCAGAGAGGGGGUCCUGUCAUCAGGGAAUUAAUUGUCCUAUCGGGACACCUGCCUGAAAUGCCCAGGAAACUAUCGGAGGUGGUGGACUGUGCAAAGCAUGUCUCCUUCCUCCCCCUUCCCCUCCCUCCCCUCUUCCUCCCUUGCUUGCAGCUCUGGCCUCUCUGCCUCUGAACGGCAGCGGGCAGCACACCCGGGCCGCUUCCUGCUGUAUGGAGAGUCUUUCCCCUCUCUGGGCCCAUGAGUUGCUUUAUGUUCUGAUCUGUUGUGCUUGCUGCAGUCCCUGAAUCACAGACAGUGAGAGCAAGGAGGCAUUCGAGCCGCAGGAGGCAGGUGUCGCUGUGGACAAGGAGACUACACUGGGUAGCCGCUAGCUUUGUUGUUGUGCGUAUAAGGGAUCCAGUUAAUUUAAUUCUGUGUUGUCUCUCUAUGGAAACUAGUGAAAUGCAAAUAAGAUAGGGGUAUUACUGUUGGUCUGGUGAGAUGGUUAAUAUUUGUGACCGAUAUCUUAAGAAUGGUGACUGCGUGCCGCAUUUGGAAAGCCCCCGUAGGGGUCGUGUCUUCGUCAGUAGCCAUCGCUUCGUCCUAUAUUAUGAGGGUCCCCUGCUCUUCAGUCACAGAAACUGUUCACACCGGUUUGGAGACCUCGAUCUCAGAAACAUCUGUGAACCGUGCCUGAUCUGAUGAUGAACUAUCCAAAGAUUAUGUAAAAUUUUAAAAUAAAUGUGUUUUUCAAAAAGCG